CAGAGGUUUCAGACUUGAACGUUAACGUUGGACUUGGUGUUGUUCUUCUGAAGACCGCGCUUUGCUUCGGGUGGCAAAUUGAGCAUUUGAGUCUUUUUGUCGAACGAGAACAGAACUCGUGAAAGCUUGCAGGAUGCUUCCGGUUGGUGGGUCGUUUCGAGGUUCUAGAGGAGCCAGUUAUGCACAAAUGCUUAUAAAAAACACACUUUCGACUUCAGAACUGAAGCAGUCAUACAGACAACCAUCUACCAUGAAUGAUGCCGACAGUCACGGUGUUGACAAACAAGUGAACAGGUCAAGGAAACCUGGUGCCAAGCCAGAAACCUCUCACAAGAAACUGAUAGAACGGUAUAAGAAAGGUGAAACAAACGCAAUAUCUCUGAUCCAUCAGCUUGCCCAGGUUUUCCAGUUCCACCUCGAGUUUAAAGAAACUGUGACCACAGAGAAUUUACCGGGGUCUCAUUUUGCUUUUUGUGUUGUGAUUGAUGAUAUUGAGUACAAAACUGGCAUCGGGUUAACCAAGAAAGAAGCUCGUCUCAGCGCAGCAAAGCUCGCUCUGGAGGAUUUUUUGCCCACCAUGGAAAGUCAGAAGUCUGUUUUCCCAGAAGCAACCGAUGUCGCUCCACCUUUGCCAGUAAAAGAACAACCCUCGCUAUGUGGCAGUCACCCUUCCAGAGUUCUCUACGAAAGAAAGAACUCGGCCAACCUUCAGAUUCCACACGCUGUCAGGGAUCAGCUCACUAAACUGAUGGACGGACACCCACAGUUCUCCAGCUGUGCAAGUACAACAGCAGCAUUUAUUAUGCAAACGUCCAGUGGAUGUGAAGUGGUUGCUCUUGGCACUGGGAACUUCAACGCUAAAGAGUGCGGCGACUCAAACGGACGGACUGUGCAUGAUUCACAUGCCGUUGUCACCGCUCGGAGGUCUCUAAUGAGGUUUCUGUACCGUCACCUGCUGCUGUUUUUCAGCAAGAAUGCCAACCUGAAUGAGAAAUCAGUCUUCCAGCACAACAGCAGCAGCAGCCUCCUCAGUCUGAAAAGUGGCGUUACUCUUUACCUCUACGUGAAUCAACUGCCGAAGGGUGCAUCUCAGAUCCCUUCAAAGUUGCGUCUGAACCCUCUCUCCAUUUCAGCAUGGCAAGUCAAGAAUGAAAUCAGUCUACACCUGUCAGUUGAGGGCAAGGUUUUUUCAGUUUUCUGUUCAGGCCUCGGUCACUCUGCUAGCAGCAUGGUCAGCAUGUCCUCCACAGACAAAAUCACUCAAUGGCAGGUGCUGGGAUACCAAGGAGCUUUGCUCAGCCACUUCAUCGAGCCUGUCUAUGUCCAAAGCAUCCUUGUAGGUGACUCUUGCUGUCAUGAAGUCCGUGGUAUGGAGAUCUCUGUGAACCAGCGCGUGGAAGGAAUCACUUCUCAGCUGCCCAUGUUUUACUGCAUGAUGCGCCCACAUAUCAGCCUGGUGCCGUCUGUGGCCACCGACAGCUCGGAGCCAACCUUUGGGAUCAACUGGAGUGAAGGAGACAGCUCUGUGGAAGUUGUUGAUGGUCUCGAGGGCAAAACCAUAGAAGACUCUCCGUUCAAGAGUGGCUCUGCUCUGGCAAGCCGUCUGUGCAAAGCAGCGAUGCUGCACCGCUUCAGGUUGGUGGCCAAAGAAGCCCAGAGGGAGGACCUACUCAUCACAGACUCGUACAGAGAAGCAAAGAAGAUGGCGAAGACGUACCAGGAGGCGAAGAACGUGCUGCGUGCAUACCUGUGUCAGCAGGGUUUUGGUUCAUGGCUGGAAAAGGUUUCUCUUAGUGAAAACUUCAGUAUGUAA